AUGUUUCUUCCAGUAUUGUUGAUCCUUCUGUUGGUGACUCACACACUCCAAACAGCCUGCGAUGCUGUUCAGGAUCCCUCGUGCUUGAUGUCGAAUUCGGCCCUCCAGGGCACGUUCUCCCACAUCUUUUCUUCACCCAGUCCCCAGUUUUUUGCCCAAACAACACCCUCCGGAGUCGAGUACUGCGACCAAGGCCUCAAGUUGACACUCCGAGACCGGUUUGACAAUCCUUCGUUGGUGUCCAAGUUUUACAUUUUGCACGGCAAAGUAGAGGUCAAGGUCAAGGCUGCGGAGGGCCAGGGAGUGAUCAGCUCCUGCUACCUUCAGAGCGACGACCAGGACGAGAUCGACAUUGUCGAAGGGUUUGGGGGCGAUCCAUUCAAGGUCCAGUCAAAUUUCUUUGUCAAGGGAAACACCUCAAACUACGACCGUGACGGUUACCACCGCACCUCCCAGUCAACUUUGGACUCGUUCAUCACCUAUGGCAUCGAGUGGACCUCUCACACGUUGACAUGGUACAUUAAUGGCGACCUGGUCAGAGUUUUGGAUAGAAACAACGAGCACGGAUACCCUACGUCGCCAAUGCAAGUGAAAUUCAGUCUCUGGGCAGGAGGAGACCCCACGAACCAUCCUGGAACCGUCGAAUGGGCAGGAGGUUUGACCAACUACGUAGAGGCUCCGUUUUCAAUGUAUGUCGAGAGUCUUCAUGUGGAGGAUUACUCCAGUGGAAGGCACUACAAGUACGGCAAUGGACCCAACCAGUGG